AUGCCGAGCCCGGAGCCGGGCGCCGAUGCGACGUGGCCGCCCAGGCCGCGUUGUCUUACAUACAAACGCCGGAAGGUAAAAUGUACUGGCGGUCCUGAGCCGUGCGAAAACUGCCGCCAUCUGAGACUCGGCUGCACCUUCAACUACCCGGAGUCGGCCGUCUCCUCAGAGCCCGGGGAUCCCCACAACUUACUGGCGCCCACGGAGACCCUCACCGAGGCCGGGACCAGACGCCGGCGCAUCGCCAACGCAUGCGCCCAGUGUCGCGCCCAGAAGGCAAAGUGCUCCGGUCACCGCCCUCAGUGCUUCCACUGCAACCGGCGGAACCUCACCUGCGUCUACCCAUCCUCGCCGUCACGACGAAAGAGUCGACAUACGAAUGGUCAACCACAGCAGUCUGCGUCCCCCGAGUCAUCCAGUACAUGCACGCUGAGCCAGGGUGCUUCAUAUGAAGCUGAGUCGACGCUGCAGCAGUACAUGAAGACGCCGUCGCUCAACACCUCCCUUGAGCAGACGCUGCUGAGCACAGAUGUCAUCCGUCAACAUCUCGAAGUCUUCUUUGACCACGUUUACCCAUUGGGAUACGACUUCUUCCACCGGCCGUCGAUGAUGGAAGAGUUCUAUGCUGGCAAGCUUCCCCCGAUAAUUUGCACUUCUGUCUGUGCCGCGGCGGCAAUCUUUGUGUCACGAUCCCGAGAGUCGCGAGUACUAUCUAUCCAAUGGGCAAAGGAAGUUGACGGCUACAUCUUUGCCAACCUGAACGUUUUCAAGAUUCUCAACAUCCAGCUUAUGGCUCUGUCAAAGUUUCAAAAUUUCGCGUACAGACAGUUCGGCAAGGCCGCUGCCGGGGCUAGAGCCUAUGUCAUGAUUCUAUUCAGCCUCCGAUGCGAAGUUCUCAGAUCAACAAAAGCAAUCGUCCUCCAAAGCCGCUCCGACUCGUCCCCCGCCGCAGUCGCCAAAGGCCUGACAACCCUCAAAUCCCUCCAGUCCCAGCUCGCAAACUUCCUCGCCCACAUGCCCUCCCACAUCCAGCCCAGCGAGCUCAACAUGUUUUCCCACUAG